UAGUCAAGUGUAGUACUGGGCACUGCUAGGCACAGCAUUGGGCGAGGACGGGAACAGGAGGGCUGUCAAGCGGAGCAGGAGGCUUCGUCGUGCGAGACGUAGAGAGGGAUAAGGCCGGGUCGGCCAUUUUGGCAGAUCGUGGGACGUGGGAGCUAGAGCCACCAGUGAGCAGAGUCUCCCAGCGUACUGUCUACCAACUGCCUACUGUUGCCGCUGUCGUCGCCGCUGCCGUGAGCUGAGCUGUCGUCCGCCCAGCUGAGCUGUUAACGCGCGCGAGCGAGCUGGGCUCUGCGAUCGCGAAACCGCAGGAGAACGAAAGUAGCGAGUGAGCGAGUUGGUAGAUUAGCCGGGGUGUCUAUCCGGAUAGAAGCCGGAGCGCAAGGAUAUAGGAAGCAAGAGAUAAAAAGGCAAAGGAAGAAAGGGAGCGCGACAGUCGGGUUAUAGAGAAGGGUGAUCUGUCUCCGAUCGGUAUCGGCGAACUCGAGUGCGUGAGGCGUGAGCUAGCAGUGCCAGUUCGGUUUUGUUUUUCGAAACGUGUGCUGUUGCGGGUACCGGUCGCCUGUGACCGCUGUGUUAACGAGUCGCGAGGUAUCGAGCCAAGGAAGAACGUGCUGCGGAACAGAAGUUCCACCGGAGGACGACAGUAUGGCGGGACAGACGAUAAACGACAGACUUCUAGCAGCCAGGCAUAGCAUCGCCGGCCAGGGCCUAGCAAAAUCCGUCUGCAAGGCGACCACCGAGGAAAUGAUUGGGCCAAAGAAGAAACACUUGGACUAUCUGAUACACUGUACGAACGAGCCAAACGUCUCGAUACCACAGCUGGCGAACCUCCUGAUAGAACGAUCGCAAAACACAAAUUGGACCGUGGUCUUCAAGGCUCUUAUCACUGUACAUCAUAUGAUGUGCUAUGGGAACGAGAGGUUUACACAGUACCUGGCUUCGAGCAACAGCACGUUUCAACUGAGCAAUUUUUUGGACAAGAGCGGCGUCCAAGGGUAUGAUAUGUCACCGUUCAUCAGGCGAUACGCCAAAUACCUCAACGAGAAAGCUCUGUCGUAUAGGACUGUAGCUUUUGAUUUCUGCAAAGUCAAACGAGGGAAGGAGGACGGAACUUUGCGCACAAUGAAUGCUGAAAAAUUGCUGAAAACUUUGCCAGUACUGCAAGCCCAGCUGGAUGCGCUUUUGGAAUUUGAUUGCACGGCGAACGAUCUGACGAAUGGCGUUAUCAAUAUGGCCUUUAUGCUUCUGUUUAGAGAUCUUAUUCGCCUGUUCGCCUGCUACAACGACGGAGUCAUUAAUCUUUUAGAAAAGUAUUUCGAUAUGAAUAAAAAGCAAUGCCGGGACGCUUUGGAUUUGUACAAAAAGUUCCUUAUACGAAUGGAUCGAGUUGGAGAAUUUUUGAAGGUUGCUGAGAAUGUCGGAAUAGACAAGGGAGACAUACCGGAUCUUACGAAGGCUCCAAGCAGUUUACUCGAUGCAUUGGAACAGCAUCUCGCUUCGUUAGAGGGAAAGAAAGGAUCAGCCGCGAACACACCAACGCAAUCCGCAAGCAAUAGAACGAAUGUAAAGUCGGGAGUGUCCGCCCUGUCUUCCACCAGUACGGCGUUUGGAACGGCGGCGAGCAACGCGCGUCUAGACCACGCGGGAAAUGGACACAUCGACGAGGCUCUACGGCAGCAGGCCCUUGCCGAGGAGGAAGCCGCCAUGAAUCAGUACAAGGCUAAGGUUCAGUCACCGUCCGGCGGACCCAGCACGAAUCCAUUCCUGAGCUCUCCGACCAACAAUGCCAAUCAGCCAAUCGUGGAUCUGUUCAGUGCAGCACCUGCUAACGAUACACAGCCUCAGAAGGCUUCGGACGAUCUGCUGCAAUUGGCCGGAAAUCCGUUUGCUGAUAUGUUCGGCGCACCUCAGCCUGCGCCGACUCAACCUGCACCCGUUCAGAACAACAUGUGGAUGACCAACGGUAAUGGUUUCGCCGCUGCGCCACCGGCAACUAAUAACUUUGUUACAGAUAACAACUUCUCGUCUGUAUUCGGAAGUCAGGAGCAACAGUCGACCGCCGCCCCAGGAACGGCUGGAUCCGUGCCGAAUCCCUUCAUGUCCGAUUUCCCAGCUCCUGGUACCGGCCAGCCCGUGAACGCAGCGGUCCUUGACCUUUUCGAUCAGGGUGGAGCUACCACCGUGGGUGGCGAAGCUCAUUCCCAGAGCGGAGACCUGUUCAGUGCCGGCGGUCAGGCAGAUCUCUUUGGGGACGACUGUGCAAUGCUCAAGGCCUCUGAGGGGAGCGACGGAGACGGUGCUCCUGGCGUUCAGCCUGGAGCGACGCCUUCCUCGACUCUCGCCUCUGGCAAGUUCACUGCCACGCCGCCUCCCAGACCACCGCCUCCCGCGACAGCCACCAACGGCACACCACGUGCAAUGUCUCCUGCCGUCGGCGGAGCUUCACCUGGUAGGCCAGCAAUGGCCACUUCCGCCGCGCCAAGUAAAAGCGCCUUCGAUGAUCUCAAUGAUAGUAUUCGCAUGGCACUCGGUGGGUCUCCCUCGCGUCCAGCACCUCCUCCUCAGCAGCCUCCGCCGGCUCAGCAACCCAUGCAGCAGCAGGGUUUUGCUAUGUUCGAUAUGGGUACUGGCAUGGGGGGUGCUGGACAGCCCAUGAUACCCGGAGGGCCAAUGGCUGGCUACGCUCUUCCUUCCCAGACCCAAAUUCCUGUGGGAUACGGCUCCCCGGCUAAGCAGCCUGUGUCAGGUUUUGACGGUUUGGGCUCGGUGCUGAUGCCUUCCACCACUGUGUCUGGAGCUAAUAACGUUUCAGCAGCGGGUCAACCUGUGAACACGUCGACUUCCGGCAAGGUACUAACGGGCGACCUGGACAGCAGUCUCGCCAGCCUCGCGCAGAAUCUCACUAUCAAUAAAAGUGCUCAGCAGCAGGUCAAGGGAAUGCAAUGGAAUUCUCCUAAGAAUGCUGCGAAAACGGGCGGACCAGCAGGAUGGACGCCACAGCCAAUGGCCGCUACCACCGGCGCUGGCUAUCGUCCCAUGGGCCAAGGAAUGACGCAACUUCCUCCAUCCACCACUUUGGGCUUCCCCUCUCAGCCUGCACAGUUGGGUAUGCAAGGUAUGCCAAUGGGCAUGCAGGGCAUGCAGGGCAUGAGGCCGAUGAUGGGUGCAAUGCCUGGUGCUCCUACCGCAGGUGCAGGAGGCAUGAUGGUUGCAGGAGGAGCUGCGCCCAUUAUUAUGUCCAGUGCGAAUCCCAUGAUGGGUGCUCCUUUGCAGCAGCAGCAUCCUCAACCGACUGCACAGCCGCAGAGCAAUGCCGUACAGCUCGACCCAUUUGGUGCUCUGUGAAGGGACUAGGAGUUCAAUUGGAAUUAAUCGAAGACAGCAGAGGAGCGCCAACCUUGUAAAUACUGUGUAAUAUGCCUGAAGAAGUUUAAUCCCGCUUACCUUAAUCGACCCCGUGUCAUUCGUGCCCUUAAAAGCAGCCUUAAAUCCUAUCCCAAGGCCCACGAGACUCCCUGACCUCAUCAACGAAAUCCCCCUUGACCCCAGCCAUCGUCCCAUUGUGAAUACGGCCCAAUGUCUUUACCAUUCUUCUCACGUUUCCCGGAUGCGGUACAUUCGUUAUAUUCACUUACCGGCGAUCGUCCUAGAGUUUUUGCGUAGUUGUGUAUAAAAUCAAAUUGUAUAAGGUGGCCCGUAGUGCUUACGCAGGAUUUCUAUGAAGACUUCGCAGCGUUCUGGUCGUACGAGAGAAGCCAAGGAACGCUCGAACGAAGAUGCUGCUGUCGUUUCGCAUCGUUGGAGACCUGCCGAAAUACGAAAAUUACGCAAUUUUGAGAAUCGAAGGAUCUACGACGUCCGAGGGGAUGCAGGAGCCCUCGCUGGUCCAUAUUGCCCUGAAAGCGUGACGGAGGCUUUUCGAAGCGAGAGAGAAGAUUUUGCGAACGAAUAUUUCGAAGGAUCAAGAGGAACGAGACGCGAAUACCUUUUGCCACUAGGAAUCUAUAAUCGAGCGAUCAUGACGUUCACGGCGCGCAUCACGUGGUCCAGCAUGUUGUCGGUAUUGUUGUAUAUUAUUUUUAAAUUCAUUGCGAUAAGUUCGUCUUGGCGUUUGGGCAAAUAGCUGAGUUUAUCGAAAUACCCUUUGUUAAAAGUAUUAAACAUUAAGGAGACACGCGCCCGUAUACAUAUAUAUUAUAAUGAUACACGCAUACACGUUCACCGAGAGAGACAGGGACGCGAGAUUUGUAUAAAUAUAAUUAUAUGGAUACGCAUGUUGACGUGCGUAUUUAUAUAUCUAUAUAUAUAUGUGUGUAUAGAGAGAGAGAGAGAGAGAGCAUAUAUAUAUAUAUGCUUGCAAGGGGCAACGCAAUUAUUACACGAGACAUCUAGAGCGAAGAAAUUAAUAGGCGAUUCGAAUUAAUGUUCUUUCACUGUACUGUUCCGAUAUAUCUUAAUUAGAUAGUUAAUUAUUCAUGAUGUAAACAAAUUAAGAAUUAUGAUACUCAUACUACUAUAAAUGUAAUGCUAAUAUACGAUUCAGUACGAUAACUAUUGAGAUAGCUCUAUUACGAUACUGUUGCAAGGUCUAAUUGCGAAUUGCGAAUAGUACGCAGCCACGGCGAGGAAUUUGCCACUUUUUUUUUUGUACUAUUUCUUUGGAUCGAACGAAUCGCUCUUUAAUACAGUGCCAAUGUGGGAAUCAAGUUUGUCAGUCAGUCUUUUAGAUUGUUCGUUGGGGGCACGCUGUAAAAUUUUCUUAAUUCAUUAAGUCUGUCCAUUAGGUUAUCUGUUUUCAAUUGCGCGAAUCAUUGGAUGAUGCCUGAUAUGAGAAAUUGAUCGAUGCCUGAUGAUGGCUGCGUGCUAGGAGCAACGAACGAGUGUUUAUGAGAUGUUGCCGUACAUGUACAGGAGUGGUAGAGGGUAGAAUGAUAAGGAGAAUCGAAAGAGCGUGCAAUGCUAGUCUGUUUAACUCUAUAUAAAAAUGUUAUUAGAGUGCAAUUCAGGCGAGCAGUAGACCAAGUUUUUCCUACGGAUGAUUCGUACGAUUUGCGUAACAACAAUUAAUUAUAGAUUUGCGAAUAUGAAAUAGAUGGAAUUAUGCGAGGAGAGUGAAGUUUAGCGAGGGUGUCGAAAAAUCGAAGACUCCCGUCCGAGCUGAUCGAUUCAUUUGGAAACAUUGUCUUAUACGGCUCGACGUGAUCUUCCCGUCACUUUUUAACACGUUUCGCCAUUUUUUUUUUAUUUUAGUCUACUUUUUGUUGGACUCUUUAUGACUGGUCGGUCCAGCUUUGUUGUCAUUCAUUAUCUUAUGCUUUGUUCUUUAUUAGCCUUGUACACGGUAUUGGAACAAUCACGCCUUUGCAUAACUUUGAAAACGUUGCGAUUGUACGGGAGAACAUUUUGAAAUUGAACAAGGACUGGUCUUUAAUAGUCUUCGGUGCAAAAUUGUUUCAAGUAAAUGCUCGGUCAGGGUGAUCCAUUAAUUGUGAAAAAUGAUCGAAGCCUCCGAAGGAGGAGAAUGCAUGAAUUUUUCGUAGCCUGUCUAAGAUAGAAACCUUUUUCGUGUAAAUGCUGUCCUAUACGAAGCUUCAAAGUAUAAAAUCUGUAUCGAAUGCUCCCGUCGACAAUCGAUUACACGCAUCAUCCUGAUUAGAAAUUUAAGCCACUUGCACACUUUAGUUUAUUUACUUUUGUAUUAUACGAAUCUGGGGUUCCUUGCUGGGGACGUCGGAGGACAUUAGUCCGUAAAAGACUCUGUAGCUGUAGUCGAGAGAGCCAGGUUAAAGACCGUUUAGCCAGGAUCGAAUGAAAAUGAAAGAAUUAAAGACCCAGUAGGUUUGACAUGGAGGUGGUGAAUGGUGCAUUUGCGUAGCUAACUGAAAAGUGUAUUAUAAAUCAUAGGUUAGCUUUAAGUAGCAAAAGGAGCAACGUGUAUCUCUAAACUGUCGCUAAGAAAUCGACACGGAUGACUAGAAGCGUCCUCUGAAAUCCUCAUAUCCGGUGAGAAAAGAGCGAGUGGCGUUUAGGUUACGUUAUUAUUAUUCACUUCUAUUCGUCUCUUCCGAUACCGAUCAAAAUUUUCAUCGACGCACUCGUCUUAUCAUCGCACCAAUAUCAGGGAAAAUUCGCUGAAAAUUUUGAUUCAGUAUGCCGACGUGGAAUUCGAAAAUAAAAUCUUGAGGUUAAAAACUCUCGAGGAGCGGUACUCAUAUGUAUCAUCUAUUAAAAAAAAAGUCAUUUGAGUUAGCGAAAAAAAAAAAACAAAUAGCAAGAAGAUAUUAAUUUCGUAAAAUUUAAAAAUUUAUUUCUUUUGACGUCUCGUCACGAUCAUCAUUGAUUCAUAAUAGAAAAAAAGAAAAGAAAAUAUCUAAACCUACUGGUUAUUAAGUGUAACAGGACAAUAUUAUGUGUAUUAUCAGUACUCUAUUGCGAGCUAUAAGAAUUAUAAUCAGUACUUUCUGUAGGCUAAUGAGAUAAGUUAGCUUUUAAGAAAAAAAAAAAAAAAAAAAAAAAAAAA